UAAAAAAAAGUAUGAAUUUGGUUGAGUGUAUUUAAAGCUCGUGCCUCUCCACGAUCUUGUAUUGCCUCUCCCCCAUUCUGUAGAAUGUUUGUGGCAUCACAUAUUCGACGUGCAACGCGCCUCCAUUAAGGGUGAUUACAGGAUUUGUCACCCGAAGCUCCCUGCCUGGUGUCGGGUGGAGCCCAGGAGAUGACGCCGUUUGAUUGAAGGCGGCUUUAGCCAAUGGGCGUCCACAGUUAGGUCGACUAUAGGCGGCGCGUCUGCAGGAUAGUCCAAGUGCAGACAACGGCAUCGUUUAGGAUUAGCAAGGCAGCCUCAGAGAUGGUUCAACACGGCCGACAUCACAGUGGCUCACCAAACCAACCUGCUAAAGCAGCUCAACCAGCAGAGACGUCAAGAGCUCUUCUGUGACUUCAGCGUGCUGGUGGAGGGCCACCUCUUCAGGGCCCACCGCAACGUCCUGUGCGCCAGCAGCGGCUACUUCCGCAUGCUGCUGACCCAGGGCCCUGAUGGCAUCCCGGAGUCCGCUAAUGCCACCUUUGACUCCUUCAGCCCUGAGAUCUUCACAGUCAUCCUGGAUUUCAUCUAUUCGGGCCAGCUGGACCUCUCUGGUCAAAAUGUGAUUGAGGUGAUGUCUGCGGCCAGUUACCUGCAGAUGAACAAUGUCAUCAACUACUGCAAGAACUUCAUCAAAUCAUCUUUGGAUAUCAGUGUGAAAGAUGAAGACAGUGAUCGAUGUCACAGCUUGUCAGAGACGUGCAGCUUCACCAGUGGGGCUGGAGAGGAGACUGUAGAGCAGCAGCAGCAGCAACAGCAGGAGCCGGAACCACGUUCUGACAGUCCACCACCUGCACUUUGGACCAGGGACAGCUCCAGAUCCCAGUCUAGCUACAUGGGCAAGGACUCGGAGCAAGACAUUUCAGGUUCAGCUCUGAAGACUGAGCCAAGUAGUCCCACCAAUGAGCUCAACACAGAGUCAGAAGAUCCCCAGGACCCUUUGUAUACUCUGCCAGUGUCAGAGAGGCGGCGUACCAAAGGUGCAAAUAAGAGGAAGGCGACCAACAGCACCCACUCUAACCAGCAUGAGGACCAAGACAUCCAGGAGGCCAGCACAGUAAAGGCGGAGAAGGCUGAUGAGCUUUAUGCCAAUUUACCACCAAUUGUGGGUGUUGUUGCACACUUUAAUGACAAUGAAUCCAAUGCCAUGCGCUUCAAAUGCCCUUUCUGUACACACACGGUGAAAAGGAAGGCAGACCUAAAGCGUCACUUGCGCUGUCACACUGGUGAGAGGCCGUAUCCCUGUCAAGCCUGCAGUAAGCGAUUUACUCGCCUGGAGCACCUGCGCAGCCACUUUGAGACGAUUCAUCAAGCCAGGAAGCUGGUGUGCAGGAGGUGCAAGUGUCCAGUGACUGAAGACUCCGGGCAGGUGGUGUGUGAGGGCACACGGCGUUACCGCAUGUGCCCCCUGUGCGUCCACGAAGUGGGUCGCGAUACUGUGCCCAUGGAAAGUCUCGAGGGAAGCAAUGAGGAGCCGGCUCUGUUACUGGGCGUGGAUGGCGAGGAGGAGCAGAGUAACAGGGCCUGGAUGGCGACCGAUGAUGAUGACCUGGCCGAAGACUCGGGGGCUGACCUCAUCAUUCAACAAGUGGAUGACAGUGAUGAGGAGCUGCAGUGAAACUGGACCAAAGUGUGUGUGCGCGCGUGUGUGUGUAUAUAACCUCAUGACUUACUAUGAUAUGCUGUAUUAUUCUUUUACUGUAAUAUAACUGGCUGAUCAAUUCUUUCGAAGCAAUCUUUUUACUAUUGUGACAUCCUCCUUAAGUAUAUGCAGUAUCUAAAGCAUGCGUCUUGAGUGUUUCUUUUGCUGUGUUUAAGUGACAAAUUGCUACAUACAAUUUUUGUAUAAACAGAAAACUUUUUUCACUUUUGGAGACAUUCAGCUCUGAUAAAAGUUAACAGUUGAACAAGAUAAAACACAGAGGACUGUUUAAUGUAGAACUGAACAAUAUGAACCCUUCUGUUUUGAACCAUAUGUCAUUGCAAGGCUACCUUAUAAUAUGCACUAUGACAUUGAGGCAAUUCACAUUGGUUUUUUUUUGGACACAUUAAAGAUAUUUUUGUAGACUUCCA